AAUAUUCAUGUCUUCCAGUGGGAAUCAUCAUCUUUAUCAUCAUCAUCAUCAUGUGUGUGAGCAUGACAGGAGGAAGGUGGAAUUGCCAGCGCCUGCUGAGGGAGAGAAGACUGCCUGUGUGCAACUUUUUCCACCCACAAUAUUAGUCAUGUGGACGGCCCGUGGGAGUCGCUUCCGUCUGCUGCCGCGACUCCGUUUCCAUACAAGCAAGCAGAGAGGAGCAAAGCCUGAAAUUUGUGCCUUCAUCUCUCUUUCAAAAGCCCGUCUCCCUCGCAGGAACGAGGACAGCUCGCCGUCCGUCGAGGAAAGCCGACGCCUCUCCCGGAGAUCGGGCCGCGGGCUUGCCGCCAUGUCGCCCUUCCUGCGCAUCGGCUUCUCCAGCUUUGAGAUGGAGCCGGGCCUGGAGUACCACGAGGAGGUGCUCAACCCUUACUGCGCCGUCUACAUGAAGGAAGCCGUCGACACAGAAAAGGGGCAGGUGUACAAGCAGAAGAAGCCCACCAUGUACCCCCCCUGGAGCACCACCUUCGACGCGCACGUGCACCACAGGCGCGUCAUGCACGUGAUGGUGAAGGACCGCACGGCCGAGCUCAAGUCGGAGGCCACCGUGGAGCUGGACUCGCUGGCCACGCGCUGCAGGAAGGAGAACGGCAAGCUGGAGAUGUGGUUGGACUUGAAGCCGCAGGGCCGCCUGCGCAUGGAGGCCAAAUAUUACUUGGAGAUGAGCGACGCGACGGGGCAGGCUGACGGCGAUUCCGAGCGCGAGGGUCUGUUUGCGCUCCAUCAUCGGCGCGGCGCCAUCAAACAGGCCAAAAUUCACCUGGUCAAGUGUCACGAGUUCAGCGCCACCUUCUUCCCGCAGCCGACGUUCUGCUCCGUCUGCAGAGAGUUUGUCUGGGGUCUUAACAAGCAAGGUUACCAGUGCAGACAAUGCAACGCGGCCAUACACAAGAAAUGCGUCGACAAGGUCAUCGCCAAAUGCACGGGCUCGGCCAUCAACAGCAAGGAAACCAUGAUCCACAAGGAGCGCUUCAAGAUCGACAUGCCGCACAGGUUCAAAGUGCACAACUACAAGAGCCCCACCUUCUGCGAACACUGCGGGACACUCCUGUGGGGGCUGGCCAAGCAGGGGCUCAAAUGUGAGGAAUGUGGCAUGAACGUCCACCACAAGUGUCAGAAGAAAGUGGCCAACCUGUGCGGAGUCAACCAGAAGCUGAUGGCCGAAGCGCUGGCCAUCAUCGAGCGCAAACAGCAGGCCAGGAGCACCAGAGAAAGUGACAUUGUCGGUCGGGAAGGUCCCGUAGGCGUCGACCAGCCGGGACUGAUCUGGGCGAGCGCGCCGGAAACUAGUUCGCCAGCUUCCGCGACUCCUGCAAAGGUGCAGGGCGUGCCCUGGGAGGGACCGGCAGUGGCCGACAAGCCACCGCUCAAGGAGGAGGAACAUCUUUACGAUUUUCCUGCGCAGGAUCAGCCCAAGUUUUCCAUCGACGACUUCGUCCUACACAAGCUGCUGGGGAAGGGGAGCUUUGGCAAGGUGUUUUUAGCCGAGCUGAAAAAGAGCGCUCGGUUUUUUGCCAUCAAGGCUCUGAAGAAGGACGUGGUUCUGAUGGACGAUGACUUGGAGUCCACCAUGGUGGAGAGGAGGGUCCUCUCUUUAGCCUGGGAAAACCCCUUCCUCACGCACCUGCACUGCACCUUCCAGACCAAGGAGAACCUGUUCUUUGUGAUGGAGUACCUGAACGGAGGCGACCUCAUGUUCCACAUCCAGAACUGCCACAAGUUCGACCUGCACAGAUCCACCUUCUACGCGGCCGAGAUCGUCUGCGGCCUUCAGUUCCUGCACUCCAGAGGAAUCAUCUACAGGGAUCUGAAGCUGGACAACGUGCUGCUGGACUCUGAGGGCCACAUCAAGAUCGCAGACUUCGGCAUGUGCAAGGAGAAGAUGUCGGAGGCCAGGACGUCCACUUUCUGCGGGACGCCGGACUACAUCGCUCCCGAGAUCCUGCUGGGCCAGAAGUACAACAGCUCGGUGGACUGGUGGUCGUUCGGCGUCCUGCUGUACGAGAUGCUCAUCGGUCAGUCUCCCUUCCACGGCCGAGAUGAGGAGGAGCUUUUUCAGUCCAUACGCACCGACGACCCCGCGUACCCCCGCUGGCUGACCCGAGACACCAAGGACAUCCUGAUCAAGCUGUUUGUCCGAGAGCCCGAGGAGCGGCUGGGAGCGAAGGGAAACAUCAGGCUCCACGGCUUCUUCGCCGCCACCGACUGGAAGGCCCUGGAAGAGCGGAAGGUGGUGCCUCCCUUCAAGCCGACCUUGACGUCCCCCAGCGACUGCGGCAACUUCGACAAAGAGUUCAUCAACGAGAAGCCGCGCCUGUCGUGCGCCGACCGCGUGCUCAUGAACAGCGUCGACCAGACUGCGUUCCGGAACUUCUCCUUGGUCAAUCCCCACGUGGCGGCUCGCUGAGCUUCGCCGGCGACCGGUCCGACUUUAAAGCAAAAAAAAAAAAAAACAGCAGCCUUGUCUCUGCGGCCACGCAAGACAAAAACUGACAGGUUUUCAUUCUAGUUAAAUGUCACUUAAAUAAUAAUCAUAAUAAAAGCAUCUUCUAAUGAAUGUAAUUAAGUGUAGCAACUAUUCAGACCUCUUGUAUAAUGUUUGUUUUUAUCAGGGUGCUUGUUGUGGAACAUGUUGGACUAUCAAUAAUCAAUCCUCUUGUUGUAAUGUAACGUCAGUUUUGAUUUCUUAGCGUACCUCAGAAGUGCCGAUGGCACUCAUCGUUUUGACUUGCGGGUAAUAAAACACAUGAUGUCGA